AUGGCAGAAUUUAUUCCAAUUAAUUUAAUUAAUUUAAAUUUAUCACAAGAACAUUUCAAGGAAAAUAAUGAAUCAAAUAAUGAAAUUAUUGAGGAUUUAAAUAUUAUACAAGAAGUAACAAGUUCAAUAGGAAAAGCUACCUAUCGAUCAAUUAAAGAUAUUCUUUUAUAUAUUAUACCAUCAUUAUUAAAAAAAGGAAUAAUUAAUCAUUCAAAUUCUGUAUUACAUAUUCGAAUCUCAGGUGAUGGAAGAAAUGUGGGGCAUAAAGUAAAACAUGUCAUGGUUACCUUUACUUUAUUAAAUGAUUUGGCAAAUUUAUAUAAUCCAAACUAUCAUUUUACUCUUUUAUUAUAUCCUGGCAUUGAACAAUAUACUAUUUUAGAAAUAGCUUUGGCACCAUUAAUUGCAGAUUUAAAUGAUCUUGUAAAUGGACUUGUUGAUAAACAAGGACACAAAGCAGCAAACUCAGAUCAUUUCUGUCUUUGGUGCUUAAUUCAUAAAAAUCAAAAUGGACUUUUAAAUUAUGAUUGGAAUAUUUCUAAGAAUAUUGAUGAUAUAUACUAUAAUUAUUCAAAUAUACCAGGACAUCAGCAUUCACCAUUAUUUUAUAUGAUACCAUUAACUCACUGGGUUGUAGACGAGCUUCAUAUAAUGUUGCGAAUUACAGACCGAUUGUGGUUACUUUUAAUGAUUAAAAUACAAGCUAAAACAAGUAUGAAAAUUCGAAUAGCAAUUAGUCAAGAAAUGAAAUGCAUCAAU